CCAGCCGGCGUCCUUUCCUUUCUAUUCGUCUCCCUCUUUAGCUUGGCCAUCCCGGGGGGGGGGGGUGCUUUUUACGACAUUGUCGGUCAACUCUUCGCCGCGCUUUGCGUCACUGCCCACCGGCUUGGACGGACGGACGGACGGCGGCGGGAUGUUUGGGGGCGCCGAGGAGGAGGAUGCAGACUUCUUAUCUCCGACCGGAGGGGCCAGGUUGGCUUCCCUCUUUGGACUGGAUCAGACAGUGACAGGCGCCGGAAAUGAAUUUUUUCAAUAUACAGCCCCGAAACAGCCCAAGAAAGGUCAACCUGUUACAGCUGCAGGUCCACCAAAACAGAAGCCGCCCCCUCCCGCGGCCACGCCGUCUGUCUUCAUAGCUACAGCUGUUCAAGCGUACCGAUUUACAAACGGGCAGUACAUAAAGCAAGGCAAAUACGGAGCUGCGGUGGUGGGGAGCCACGUGACCAAAGAGUACAGAAUUCUCCUUUAUAUCAACCAGCAGCAGCAGGUCGCGGCUGCCAGGAUCCAUCCCGGAUUUGCCCUAACAGUCCAGCCCAACAACUUCAGCACAUUCUAUGAUGAUCAGAGGCAGAAUUGGUCUAUCCUGUUUGAGUCGGAAAAAGCAGCUGCGGACUUCAGCAAGCAGGUCUGCAUUGCCAGAUACAACAGCAGCCCCUCCCCCGAUGUGGUGCUUUCCCAGGAUCUCCUCCUUGGAGAAGGCCAAGGCGUGGAAGUGGGUGAUGCUCUGGAGGUGGCCUUCACGGGCUGGCUGUUCCAGAACGGUGGCCUUGGGCAGAUGUUUGACUCCAACAUCAACCAGGACAAGCUUCUGCGCCUGAAACUGGGCUCUGGAAAGGUGAUCAAGGGCUGGGAAGAUGGGAUGAUCGGCCUGAAGAAAGGAGGGAGGCGCUUCCUCCUCAUCCCUCCAACAUUGGCAUACGGGCCUCAGGGAGUCGCAAAUCGCAUCCCCCCAGACUCAGCCCUGGCCUUCGAAGUGGACGUCAAGAGGGUGCGGCUUGCGAAGGAUGUGAGCACCAAUGGGCAGACCCUGGGCUCCCGGGACACCCUCGCUCCUUCCCCAGGGCCGAACCCAGAGAACCUCACUACAGACCCAGCAGUCUUGCCUCCCUCCACACUACCUCCAAAGCCCGGGGAGCCGGCUGUGCGUUCCAAAUCCAGCUCGAUCAGUGAGCAGCUAGCGAAUCCCGAUGUAGCAAAAGCUAAGCUGAUCUCCCGCAUGGCGAAGAUGGGGCAGCCCAUGCUUCCUUUUCUUCCGGGUUCCGCACCAGCCCAGCUUGACUCGAGUGACUCUGAGUUCGAGGACCCCAACACUGUGCGAGGGACAGCGCAGCCUGCGGCCUCCUCACCCCUGAAGCCAUCCCCACCAGCGACCCUCCCUCAGAUGGCAGCACAAGUGCCUCAGCCAGCCACCUCUGGGCUCCAGCUGCCCUCCGCUGCCAUAAUCCCUGCGGCCCUCCAGACACAUCCAGCACUCCCUGGGACGGCGCAGAGCUUUCAGUCCUACGCAGGGAUGACAUAUGCCUACCCACAAGCCACUGCUGCAACUUCACAGCUCCAGCCCGUUGGGGCAAUGUACCCGGCUCCCUUUCAAGCAGCCGGAGACAUCGGUUCUUUCCUGAUGACUGAGGCACGCCAGCAGAACACAGAAAUCCGCUUGGCUGUGGGCAAGGUGGCCGACAAGGUGGACCAGCUGGUGGCCAAGGUGGAAGAACUGCAGAAGCAAAAUUCUGGCCACAGUUUGCUGCCAGGCAUCUCCUCUGUGACCAUGGAAACGGCCAUGAUCAUGAGCAAUAUCCAGCGUCUCAUCCAGGAGAAUGAGAGGCUGAAGCAAGAGGUCUUUGAGAAAAGUGGCCGCAUCGAGGAGCAGAACGAGAAGAUCGCCGAGCUGAUCGACCGCAGCCAGAGGUACGUGGAGCAGAGCAACCUGUUGCUGGAGCAGAGGAACAACUCUCUGCAGGCGAGGACGGAGCACACUCAGGCACGUGUUUUGCAUGCCGAGCAGGAGAAGCGCAAGCUGCCACCGGAUCAGGGGUGGGACCAGGUCAAGGUUGCCGAGGAGUUGUCGGCUGCCAUGGCACAGAUCUCCCGGCUUCAGCUGGAGCUGACGGAUCACCAGAAGAAGGAGAUGGGCCUCCGUGCACAGCUGAAUGCGGCCCUGCAGGAGGAGGAGAGGCACGGGCCCCAGCUCAGCCAGCUGCAGGCCCAGCUGGCAGAGCUUCGGGAGUCUUCCGAGGAUGCCAGGAGCAAAUUCCAAGCCGAGAAGCAGAACCGCAAGCAGCUUGAAGGCAAGGUGGCUGCUCUGGAGGAGGAGCUGGCUGACCUCCGAGUGGAGAAGGAGAGUCUGGAGAAGAACCUCUCUGAGCGAAAGAAGAAAUCCCUCAUGGAGAGAGAGCAGGCCGAAGAAGAGAAGGACGAGAUCCGCAAAUUGUACCAAGAAGAGCUGGAGAAGCUCCGGCAGCUUCUCAGAAAGGCUCGGAUGUCGACUGACCAGGCAGCUUCAGAGGCAGCUUCAGAGCAGAUGCAGACCGAGCUGGAGGCCCAGUGGGAAGCCAAGUUAGCGCGGCUGCUGAGCGAUGCCAAAGAGCAACACGCCCGUCAGUACCAGGACGUCUGUGAGCAAAGAGACGCCCAGCAGCAGGUGAUCUCCCAGUUGGAAGAAAAGAUUUCCCUGCUCAGAGCCACAAAGAACUCGGGGGACGAUCGGCUCUCGGUGCUGCAGGAACAGCUGGAGCAGUUGCAGCCAGUAAAGCACAAAUAUGUGGCCCUGCAGUCCCAGCUGGCUGCUCUCAAGGCCAAGUACAAAGACCGGAUCCAGGACCUUGAGGAGCGCGCUGAGCAGCCGUCGCCUGCGGGCUCAACAGAAGAGGUGAAGAGGAUCAUGAAUGCGGUUUUCCAGACUCUGCGGGGCCAGUUUGAGCUGGAGGAGACCUACACUGGCCGGGUGGUCCUCAGCGUCGUGAUGAACACCAUCAAGACCAUAACCCUGCGACUGCUGGAGAGGCACCAGGAGAGGGCAGAGAGUGGCAGUGGCAGCGAGGAAGAGCCCCAGAGUGCGUCUGCCCAGGGACCACCGGCUGCAACGCCUUCCCUUCCUUCUGAUCACCCAGAGGGCGCACUGGAGGGCUCUCAGUCUCCUUUGCCUUCAGACAGAGGCCCGGCUGCAUCGGCAUUGGCUGUCCCUGAAGCGCAGGCCGCAGAAGUGGGCAGUGAGCACCGCAGCGGCAUUCCAGUCGAAACGGCAGAGCCCCUUCCACCAAGGGAGACCCCUGCCCAAGAGGAGGAGGCCGCCUCUGAGCAGAUGGAGGCACGUGCUCAGGAUGAAACGAACCCUGCAGAUGCUGACACUCCUGUUCCACAGCCUUCAGAGCCAACAGCUAAUGGGCCGGCACUGGCCGUGGGCCCAGAGCAAGAAGAGGAGAGCAACCCGGAGGCUCCGAGCCAGGAUCCUGCAGGCUCUGCCCCCGUACCCGCCACGGCCAGCCAUCAGAGCGUGGCUGGAGCACAGCACGAACCGGCACCCAGUCCUGCCCGGGGGGAUUCCAGCCUCCCAGAGGACAAGUGUGGUUUGUCGAAACCUGCAGCUCGUAAGCCUUCUGCGUCCGCAGGACGGCUGGAAGAGGAGGAGGAGGAGGAGGUGAGCAUGAAGGGCCGGCCUCCCCCAACCCCACUCUUUGCGGACGACGACGACGAUGACGAACUGGACUGGUUGGGCUGAGUGGCUGGAUGACCGGCACAAGAGACGUUUCCAGUGACAGCUGACCUCGGCUAAAAGGAACUGGAGCGGGGGGUCUGUUCUUGGCCCGUGGCCACCUGGAUGGCUUACUCGGGGUCACCACGCAAUGCUGUGGUACUUGCACUCUUUCAGGGGCUGUGGGGCUCUCUUCCUACCUGGUCUUCCUCGAAGUGCGGGCCUGCCCUUUCCUUUUCCCACUGUUCCUGUAUCUGGCCUUGUGCUUCACCUGAAACUACUUAUGCAAGCAAGGACAGAUUUCUUCACAAAGAGACAGAACCAGGCUGGAAUCCGUAUCCCCCGCAGGAUCCCCUUCCAUGGCAGAGCUGGAAUGCAGGCUCUGAGGCUCUCGAUUCUUGUGACUGGUGAUGGUUUUUCUGCCCUCGCCCCCUCUGGACCGCUGCCUGCUGCGUUUUGCAGUAAGAAACCUCCUGUCAUUGUGGAUGUGAAGUGGGGAGCGAGACUGGCCUCUUGUUUGCGCAGUCAGAAUCCUGUUUAGGGUCACACGGAGCAGUCCUGCCCCUUCCUGGAACGUUCUCUGUCGGACAGCUCUGUUGGCUGCCCUGUGCCCGGCUGUGCGCAAAAACCCGCCCACCCGCUUGCUGUCGGGGAACGAGAUUUCUGGAGGGAACCGGCUCUUGUUUUUCCCCAGUCAAGAGGGCGUAGCUCCAUGGCUUUGCCCUCUCAACCCUGGGCGUGCGUUUGUUUCGCUGACCUUUAAUCCUGUCCGGCUGGGAUUACCAGGAAAUCUGAUGAAGCAUUAGGCUGGCCUCGGCCCGGCUUUUUCCAGUGACGCCAUCCGCACUCCAGUGCAAAACAGGAGCACCUGCUUGAAUCUCCCAGACUCCCAACUGGCUCUGGGGGAACUCUUCCUCAGUGCCUUGGCUUGGGGCACAAUUAUGUUACUGCUGUGGGAAGAGGGCUGUGUAAACCGAGAACUAAAAGCCGGGGUCAGCGCUGCCUGGCAGAGAGGAUAGGUGCUAAGUCAGGCAGGGGAGUGCUCUGGCCACGUCCCUCUCCUGGUCCCCCGGUCACCCCGGUCUCCAGAAGCAAGCUCACACGAAAGAGCUCUGAUCCAUGUGGAUGGAACUCGGCGCAGCAGAGAAUCCUUCCAUGAUCCUUGAGGAUGAGACUAUCCCAUUCAUAGCUUGGUGGCUGUGAGCUACCCAAGAUACUGUAAAAGUGCAUCCACUCAUGGUUCAGGAGGUACCCUGGCCUUCUCCAACCUGGGGCCCUCCAAGCAUGUCGAACUGCCUCUCCCAUUCACUCCACUGGCUGGGAAGUAGGGUAGUUGCUGUCCAGAGCCUGUGAAGGCAGCUUGUUGGAGAAGCUUGGUACAUGCCUUUGCCCCUUUAGUGCUGGGAGGUAGGGGUGUGUGGCCGGGUGAGGGUUGUCCUAAGCAAAUUAGAUUCUCCACUCUCCUGAGCAACACCUGCUUCCAGGCUGGAGGUGGCUUCUGCUUUCUCCCCUCUCUCCAGCAUAUUUCCUAGCCUUAGAAAUGGAGCACAGGAAAGGAAAUGCCUGUUGAGGCUCAAAUGCCCAGCAGCUUUAUCCCUCCCCCGCCCUCCCCCGUGUGCUGCCGCUUUAGACCUGGUUUGGGGGCUGAAUCAUCCUCAGAGUUCUCUCUCUUUGGAAGUGGAACUGACUUGGCAUUUCAGUGUGUCUCUUUGAAACCCUGAAACCAUGUUUGAAACCUGAUUUCAUGUCUUGGAAAAUAGAAGUGCAAUUAAAAUAAAUUCCUCUUGCGUU